CCAAUUUUCAUUUAGUGUUGUAACUGCAUUAACACUGUCCAGUAGCGCCACACAUCUCGACGACCGAGGCCAGAAGGACGCCAGGUAACAAUGGAGCGGAGCGAGAACAGAAUUGUUUACGUCAGCAGAACGGAAACAUUCAGCGCCGGACACAGGCUCUUCACUGAAAAGCUGACAGAUGUGGAAAAUGAGAAAAUAUUUGGAAAAUGCACCGCAGUAAAUGGGCAUGGCCACAACUACAAAGUUCGUGUGACGCUGCGUGGACCGGUUCAUCCAGUCACAGGAAUGGUCUUCAACCUUACCACACUAAGACGUCUUAUGACUGAAUGCAUCAUGGAUGUCCUCGACCACAAGAACAUCAACGUCGACGUCCCUCACUUCCGGGAUACGGUCGCUUCGUCGGAGAAUGUCGCUUUGUACAUUUGGAAACAAAUGUCCGAUCGUCUCCCUGCCAACCUACUGAAUGCUGUAGAGGUUAAGGAGAUAGACGAAGCUUCUGCAGUGUAUUUUGGCGAGAAGAGUGGCUUCGGACAUGUUUGUUUACCUGUUUGUGAAAUUGCCUCUUGAGAGACAACAAACACAGCACAUGGUUAUUCUUUGAUCGAAUGUUCAGAAUUUGA